CUAAGAAAUCUUCAAAGCAAACUUUUCUUAAAAGAAACUUCGUUGCAAGAGAUGAAGACUGAAUUAGAAAAUUACAAAGAAAAUAAUGCCCCACAGUCGCUACAGAUAAUGUCCCUGAGAGAUGAUGUCAAGGACCUUCAUGAGCUUACUGCUUCUCUAAUGAAAAUUAACAUUUUGAAAAAUCUUAAUCAGAGUCUUGAAAGAGGCAACUCAGAUCUAAUUGAACGAGUUAUUGAACUAGAAAACUGUCUAAGGGACUAUCGGGUGGAAAGAGGAAAAGCAGAGCAAAACGCAGAUCUUUUGGAGAAAAGACUGUCCUGCUCCUGCAGAGUCCCUCCCCGUAUGAAUUUGAAAGGACAAGAAGAUUCUUUGGAUAUUUUCCCAGUCAAGGAUAAGGGUGAAGCUGACCUGGCCACCAGCUUUGAGAGGGACAUUUUUAACUCCAAACAACCAGAUGAUGGGCAGAAAAUUUCAAAUAAGUGUCAACAAGAUUUGAUCCACAAAGAGACACUAACAUCUGAGUCAGACAGACCUCCGCAUUUCUGCAGCUGGGAAACGACACCUGAGCAAGCCCAUCAUCAGGAUUUCCUUGGUCAGUUGGCUACUCUUCUGAGUGACAGAAUUGGCCCCAUACCAGCCACAGAGGAAGCAGUGAAAGAGAGGAUCCAGGAAAUGGGUGCAAACGAACAAUUGUGGAAAUCUAGAACUGAAACUUUGCAGCAGGAAAUUCAGGUGCUCACUAAGAGGCUGGAGCAGCUGUACCAUCUUUAUGAAGAAGCUUCUCAAGAACCACCCCGAACUGAAGAAAAUGACAGGGAGCAAAAAAUACCCUUGAAACAUCUGGAAGGAAACAUUGCUGUCAGUGACUUUUCUCCGGAGAGAUUAGACAUGGGCAAGAAGAGAGAGAACUCCAGGACUCAGGCUUCCCUGACAGAUAAGCACAACAAGAAGUUCAAACAGUUGGAAAUGUUAUUAAAUAUUCGUCAGAAUUCAGUGAUGGCUACAACUCCAAGAAUGGAGGAGAAAAUUCAGAGACUUCAGAAACAGCUCAGUGAUUUGAAAUUGUCAAAUAAAAAUAUGAAAACCCAACUGACAAGAAUAAAUGUCCUUAAACUUGCUGACUUUCGAGAAACUAUUAUGAAGAUGUUGGGAUUUAACAUGAAAACAGCAGACAAAGAAGUCAUCAAUAAGCUGAAGCUUGUGAUACGAGUUUAUGAAAUCUCCAAAAGACCAAAGAUCGCUUCUGAUUGUGAGACUGGACAGGACAGAUGAGCACAGCUCUGCCUUUGCAGUACUGUGCAGAGCUCACGGUGCAGCUGCUUUCUACAGUGUCUUGAGUGUGUCUACGUAAUGAAUAAAAUGCACUGGAAAAUUUUCACUUAAA